AUGCAGCUCUUCCUGCGUGCCCAGAACACUCACACUCUUGAGGUGACAGGAGAGGAGACUGUGGGCCAGAUUAAGGCUCAUGUCCAGACUCUGGAGGGUCUCCUUGUGGAGGAUCAGGUGGUCCUGCUUGCAGGUUGCCCACUUGAAGAUGAUGCCUCUCUUGCAUCAUGCGGCGUCUCUGAGCUCUGCACCUUGGAGAUCGCUGGCAGGCUUCUGGGAGGUAAGGUCCACGGCUCUCUGGCUCGUGCUGGCAAAGUGAGAGGCCAGACCCCCAAGGUGGACAAACAGGAGAAGAAGAAAAAGAAGACCGGCCGCGCCAAGCGUCGCAUUCAGUACAACCGACGCUUUGUCAAUGUGGUGCCCACCUUUGGCAAGAAGAAGGGACCCAAUGCCAACUCCUAA